AUGUUCUGCCCUAAUCCCGCGCCCGACCGUGCCUUGCGCGCCGUUACGACCCGAUGGACGCCGUUCCGAGGAGUAGACCCGACCCCGAUCACCGAUUUCGACCUAAGCGAAGAGGGUGGGGGAAUGAUAGUAACGCGACCGAGUGAGACCGGAUGUUUGGGCGGUGAAAAAGCGUCCGGCCACCAAGGAGGACGUGGAAUCGACGAGAUGGACCCAAUCCGAAGGGCGUCAUCGGUGCAGGCCCCCAUUUGCCGCGCUGCCCAGAUCUGCCCCGGGGAAGAGCGCUGGCGCCGUGCCUGCGCCUGCGCCUGUCUGCUGACGCUUACGCAAGCUCAUCUCGGCGCGAUGGUGUCUCGGUAUGCUGAGACCGGACCCCGGGGUAGGACGUUGAGGUAUGGUUUGUUGAUGGUCGUCAAAGGAACGCGGCGGAGUUUCACCAUGUUUCACAUUUCUGCUUCUGCAGGGUCGUCAUCCACCCACACACCUCCGGUCAAGGACAAGCGCAAGCGGAAAGCAGCUCACACGACCGAUGAGCUUGGAUCAGCUUCGGCGAGGACGGGUCCCGCGUACGGUCUGGCAGGGGUACCGGGGACGGGAGCUGGUGGGAUUGUACUUGGACGAGUGACGAGGCGGUCGGCGGCGGUCGCUGCUGGCGUCGCACAGCCAGACAGUCUGAGGAGUGGGCCGGUCGCAGGGACGCGAGGGGAGACGCGCCGGAGCUACUUCGUCCAAGGAGGACCCAGAGUACCAGCCAGCUCUCAGAAACGCGCGAAGCGUAUGCCAUCCUCUUCUGGCGCUACGAAGCAGUCCGACGGCGGUACGACUGGCAGAACACGCCAGAAGUCAGGCGGACAAAAGAGCUCGCCAACGAAGGAGCUCACCCACCCCGACCCCUUCCUUCCCCCUCUCCCUCCUCUUCGCACACACCUUCCCUACCCUAUCGGCCUCACCCCCUUCCGGUAUCCCUGCCAUCAUCCCGACCUUCCCCCUCCUCCCCCUGGCAACCCCCUCGAUCCAAAAUGGAAACCCUACAACCCAGAUCAUGUCUCCCAUCUCGACCCACUCCCAGACUCGGUCCGGGCAUUGUCGGCUCUGGGGCAGGGUAUGGCCCGGGAUCAGGCGCGUAUCUCAGCAGUUGCAGCUACAGCUGGUGCUGGGGGAAUGGGGCGGAUAGGGGGAAUGGCAGGGAUGGAGGGGAUGGAGGGAUACACGCCGAUCGACCCGGCUUUACAAAUGGGAGAGGGGUCUUCCUCGUUACUCAGCCAUCCUCGGUCAGAAGCAGAACCCCCUGUCCCUUUCGGCAGUCAAGCGGACAAUGGCGCUGGAGGCCUAGGGGAAGGAGAAAGCGGCUUCACCCCAUACUUCGGCUACCUUCAAGAAUCGCAGACCCAACAUCUACCUCAACGGCCGCUCGAUCACGCGGACGAUCUCCCGCCUGUACCUGUUCCUGUACCUGCCCCAUCACAUAUCUCCCAUCCUCCGCCCCCCAUAGCCCAUUCGCAGCAGCAGCAGCCUCUUUCCGCCGCACAACCCGAGUCCCAGCAGAGGAUGCUGGGCGCCGGAGUCAAUGUCGGCGAUCCCUCGUUCGAUAUCAACAAGUUCCUCGAGUCGGCUUCGUAUGAGUCGAUAUCGGCGCUGUUGGCUGCUGGGGAUGCGGUUGGGCCGGGCGGGGAGGUUCAGGGGGAUAGGGGAUGA